ACAAGCCAAUUAAUUAUACGUAUUGAUGUUGUUGUCAAGUAAAUGUAUCGAAACUAGAACAUUUUAUGUGGUAUAAGUAUGGUUAGUUCAUAAAACGUGUUGUUUUUUCAACAGGCAUUGACUUGGGCUUCUAAAUUAAAGUCCCAGCCGCUGUGUUUUCUUUUGAGGGAACCCACAUGUGUCUGGUGGAAUAUUUGGGUCUUACGUGGAUAUUAUGACAUUAUUUCUGUUAAUAGACGGCUAGUACUUUGUUAUCUCAGGAGUUAUGCAGAAUACAUUAACUGAACAUGAUAGGAAAUAUGCAGCAAGCUACCGCCCGUUAUUUAAUAUUUUUCCAAUACGCAGGGACCAAAUACAGUGGUGUAAUGAAAGCGCCAGCCCACCAAGCAGUAGAGGGCGUGCAGAAUCACUUAGAGAACGCAGUGCGAAAACUAAAGCCGGUUCAUGAAGUAUCAGUGGUGAUCUCCAGUAGAACCGACUCUGGUGUGCACGCUCUCUGUAACUCUGCACAUGUAGAUAUUCAGCGGAGAGGAGGAAAACCACCUCUGCUGGAGCAAAACUUGAUCGAGGCUCUUAAUUUCCACCUAAAAGCUGAACCAAUAAGAAUCACCAGGGCUUAUCGCGUACAGAGUGACUUCCACGCACGCUUUCGUGCCCUAUCGAGGACAUAUGUGUACCGAUUCGCUUCGGGUCUCAGGCACCAUACGGAAAUGCCCGUAACUGAGAAAGAUCUAUGCUGGGCACUACACGACACGACACUAAAUAUCAGUGCAAUGAAAGAGGCUGCUGCGCUGUUGUUAGGAACCCACAACUUCAGCACCUUCCGUGCCCUAAACUCAGAGACCCCCUUCAAAAACCCAGUGAAGACCCUGGAGCUGGCCCAGCUGGAACCUGGAGACUCAUUCAGUCAAAGACACUUUCACAGAGAUAUUCAGUUUUGGGAGCUCACUUUUAAAAGUAGGUCUUUUUUAUACAAACAAGUGCGGAGGAUGACGGGGGCGCUAGUUGCUGUUGGACAGGGUAGACUGUUGGUACGUCAGAUUCAGGAAUUACUAGAUGCACAAGAUUCACUAGCUUUCCCAUAUAACCUGACCGCUCCUGCCCACGGUCUGUUUCUGACCAACAUAGAGUACAGAGAUGAAGAUCUUGUGCCCUACAUGCCAAAUUGAACAUUUAGAAAGAAACAAAUCCAUAACAAGGAAAAAAAUGUAUGUAUAUAUGUCUGUAAAUGUUUCAGAACAUUUAUUAAAAUGUCUUUUUUUAAUACUUGAACUUUAUUAUCGUAAAAACAUUAAUGUUGUUGCAUGUUUUGUCAUUCUAAUGAAUACUGUAAACAUUUUCAAAGAUAA